AUGAGUACGGUCAAGCGAUUCGGCCUUAUGAUACAGGUGUUCGGCACCAUUCUGUGCCUCUUUGUCGUGCUGCCUUCGCUUGACUCCAGCCCACAAUGCGAUCACUAUGGCGGCUGCCGCAACUACCCCUUCCUGCCUGCACCGCCCGGUCGCACUCCAUCAUGUGCAAAGCCCGGCCAGACCUACUGUGAGAAGAUUGAGCACUAUCCUACGUGA